AUCUCCGUCAAAAAGGGGCAUGGGCCCAAACCAACUUGGGGUUUUUCACUACUGACUAUUCCCUACAUGAUGAAAAUAGUCUGAGUCGAAAAGCUUUUAAUCACCUCGAGAGGUUCCCUCGUUAGAUGCUAGUUACGCUGCUAGGAACACCUACCUUUCCGUAUCAGAUAUAAUAAAAUUUCGUCUUUACAAGUUGACCCUUACGUCUCACUUAAGUCGAAUGAGCAGUCAUUAAUAGAAAAAUGCAUUGUAGAAGUACGUUUCAUGGGUGGUAGUCUCCAUACUACCAAUAGCGAUUUCACAAAAAUAAACAAACAUCCAUUUUCGUUCAAUGACGAAUUUUUUUAUUCAUCUUUUGCCGAUUUUUCUGUUUAUACGAUUUUUAAAUUUAGAAAAAUGUCGCAUUUCUGUUUUCCGUUUCUGAAAUUUAUCUCUUAUCUGAAACGUUUACAAAUCUUAUUGGAAAGUUUGGAUAUAAAGACUCUUAUAUCAUCUUAUAAUUAAAUUUUUGAUUCUCUGCGUCCUCUUUUUCAACCUAUACUGCUCACUUUUACGCCCUUUCUCAUUGUUAACGGAUUUACGCAAGAAACUCUCUUUAAAAUAGCAGAUAGCAACUUUUUUCUUAAGACUUACUUUUAUCAAUAAGUGACAGCUCACUUUUUUUAUGCCUUAUAGUUGUGACACCUAACUUCUCUUUCCAAAUAAAAUAAUUAAUACUUUUAUUUAUAAUAAGGAAAAGUAAGAGAUUUAUUUAUAAUCAAAAAAUUUUUCUGCAAACAUUUCAAAAAUAUCGUACUGAUAGUCCAAUAAAUCAGAAUUUUUUACACCUAAAGCAGUGGAUAUGAUUGUAUACCAUGUCAUCUAAACUAUUAAGUUUGAUGUGUGAUUAUUUUACGUCUUUUUACAGUUUGUAUUUAAUAAAAUAACAUUUUUAAUUGCUUGCUUUUUGCUUUUCAUUUUUGUCCUUCUCUACUGAUUAUGUGUGGUUUAAUUCUGCUUUCGACUCGUAAACGAAAGAAAGAAAAAAGUAAGAGGUAAAAACGACUCUUUUCUGUCAAUGUGUUUGAAUUUUCAUUCAAGCAUGAAUAAAUGAAUCAAUGAAACUAGGCUUAUAAUAAUAUCGGUGUUGAUGAUAACUGUUUAAAAUAAAAUGCUAAAAUUAUUAUCCUACCUAUAUUCGGUGUUGAUUUAUGUUCGAUGAGACAAAAUUUUUGUUUACGAAUACAUGGUGACUAAGACAAAUAAGAACCACAUUUAACGAUGACGCAUUUUGUUAACGUGUCAAACUAUAAUAAAUUUUAAAUUUAUUUCUUAAUAGAUUAUGAAAAUAAAAGAAAAAAUAUGUUAGUAUUAUACGAUCUGAGAUGUUUAUCUUUUUCAGAUAUUUAAAUUCGUUUAAUUAGAAAAUGGAUAUAUUUCCAUCAUAAAUAUAAAAAAAUCUUUUAGUGAUUUCAAGAAAAUAUUCUCAGUGAUUAUUUGUUUCUUUUUAUCUUUCAAAAUUGUAAGAUUAUAAAUUUUUUACUUGUAUAUUCUAAUAUUUUUACUUUUAUUUUCAGAUGAUUAAUCGUUAUAGCUUGCCAGGAUCAUUUUAUAUUUUUUGUACAAUAUUUUAUUCUUUACAUGUACCAACAACAUGUUUUUAUAUUCCGGGUGUGGCACCGAUUGAUUUUGAACAACAUGAUCCAGUAGAAGUUAAAGCGGUUAAAAUGACCAGUACAAAAACACAAUUGCCAUACGAUUAUUAUGAUUUACCCGUACAUUGUAAACCAAAAAAUGGAACAAAAUAUAAAUCAGAAAAUCUCGGUACGAAUAAAAGUGAAAUUCUCCGGGGUGAUCGUAUUGUAAAUACAAAUUUUAAAAUUGCAAUGGAUAGUGAUUCAAAAUGUCAAGUUCUUUGUAAACAAGUACAAUUAAAUAAACAACAAAGUACAACAAUAGCUAAACGAAUUAAAAAUAAUUAUUAUGUUCAUCUAUUAGUCGAUAAUUUACCAUGUGCAACAAAAUUUCAAAAUGUUGAAACACGAGAUGUGCUGUAUGAACAUGGUUAUCGUGUUGGUGUUUAUCUCAAAGAUACAAAGCAAGUAUAUCUAAAUAAUCAUUUAAUAUUAAAACUUUAUUAUCAUCGAGAAGACGAUAAACAUUAUCGUGUUGUGGGUUUUGAAGUUGAACCAAAGAGUGUUGAUUAUAAAAGAAUAACUAUUGACGAUGAAACCUGUACAAUUAAAGAUGGUGAUAAUGUGCAAAGAAUAGAACCUGAUAGUAAUGACAAUAAAAUUAUUAUGACAUAUGAAGUUCAAUGGCAACCAAGUGAAACAAGAUGGGCAUCAAGAUGGGAUACCUAUUUAGCCAUGACUGAUGUUCAAAUUCAUUGGUUUUCAAUAAUUAAUUCUGUUAUUGUUGUCUUUUUUCUAGCUGGCAUAUUAUCAAUGAUUAUCGUUAAAACAUUACGACGAGAUAUCGCACGAUAUAAUAAAGAAGAAGAUGAAGAUGGAAUUGAAGAAACCGGUUGGAAAUUGGUGCAUGGUGAUGUUUUUCGUCCUCCAAAACGAAAGAAUGUUUUAGUAGCUUUACUAGGCUCUGGUGUUCAAUUAUUUCUUAUGUCAUUUAUUAUCAUUGUGUUUGCUGCAUUAGGAAUGUUAUCUCCAUCGUCACGUGGGGCAUUAAUAACAGCUGCUUGUUUUCUUUACGUUUUCAUGGGGUAUUCUGGAUUUUAUUCUGGUCGUAUGUAUAAAACUGUAAAAGGUUCAGAUUGGAAACGAACAGCUGCUUUAACUGCCACACUUUAUCCAUCAAUUGUUUGUGGUUUGUGUUUGUUAAUUAACUUUUUUAUCUGGGGUAAACGAUCAUCUGGUGCCGUACCAUUUCCAACAAUGCUGGCAAUUUUAACCAUGUGGCUAGGAAUAUCUUUUCCACUUGUUUGUCUUGGAUUUUAUUUUGGCUAUAGAAAACAACCUUAUGAACAUCCGGUAAGAACCAAUCAAAUUCCUCGUCAAGUUCCUGAACAAAUGUGGUAUAUGCAUUCUGUUCUUAGUACACUCAUGGCGGGUGUUUUACCAUUUGGGGCCAUGUUUAUUGAGCUAUUUUUCAUCUUUUCGCUUGAUAUAACGGAACCAAUUCCUUCAAUGUUAUAUUUUGGUUAUACAAUUUUAAUUUGUUUAACAUUUUGGAUAUUGACUGGUACAAUUGGAUUUUAUGCAUCGUACAUAUUUGUUAGAAAAAUUUAUGGAGCAGUUAAAAUUGAUUGA